GAAAUGUAGAGCUUUGUAAACAAAUGUAGAGUUACCUUCACCACUUUUCCCGUGUGGCUUUGAAAGAGAAAACAUAAUGCCUGGGAUUACGAUGAUAGGAAAGUUGCCUGACGGUUGGGAACGCUCUGAAACGACCAACGGAAUCCCAUAUUACAUCAAUCAUGAAACAGAGAGAACUCAAUGGGAUCAUCCAGAGAUGGUCAGUUUAAUGGAGGAAAUAGAGAGUUUGAGUAACAUCAAGUAUGCUGCAUACCGCACGGCGAUGAAACUAAGAGCUAUUCAGAAGAAAACUCAAUUAUACAUGGUUGAUUUACAAGUAAUAAAAGAGUCCCUGAGACUGGAAGGAAUUGAGAAUGGCUAUGUGGAGGGAAACCUGUCUGUACCUGAACUUACAAGAAACAUUGCCAAUAUCUUUGACAAUCACAAUCAAACUGGUAGCCGUGAUGGUUCCAUAGAUGUCUCCCUUGCAAGUGAACUGGUGCUUAACUGGAUUCUGAAUGUCUAUGACCCGGGAAGAACGGGUUUUGUACCAAUUCUUUCACUGAAGGUUGGUCUCUCUGUGAUGUGCUCUGAAAAGGUUCAAGAAAAAUACUCCUAUUUGUUUUCACAGUUUUGUAAUAGCCAAAGAUUUUUGGACAGAAAAAGGCUGAAAUUGUUCCUGCAAGAGAUGUUACAGAUUUCAAAGUAUAUUGACGAGAGUACCUCGUUCAGUGGAUCCAGUGUGGAGCCAGCCGUUAGAAACUGCUUUGAAAGGGUCUCCAUACCAGAAAGAGUGUCUGCCGACGAGUUUCUUGAGUGGAUGAUUGCGGAGCCACAAACUAUAGUGUGGCUACCAACACUUCACAGAUUAGCUGUGUCCGAGACAGUGAAACACGAGUCGAAAUGCAACGUGUGCAAGAUGUAUCCUAUUGUGGGUUUCAGAUAUCGAUGCUUAAAGUGCUUCAACUUUGAUCUGUGCCAGGGAUGUUUCUGGUCUGGCCGUGUUAAUAAGCAGCACAAAAUAGGCCACCCCACCCAGGAGUACUGUCUUGUGUCGACGCAGAAAGAGGAUAUAAAAGACUUCGCCAAAGUGAUGCGUAACAAAGUGAGCAAGAAAAAGAAGAAGACGCCUGAACAUCCCUCCAAGGGAAGGUUUAUUCCGAUUGAAAUGGAAGAUGCGGCACCUUCUGAUGGCGAAGACGAUACGGAUUCCGUGGAUGCUUCUGUUCCAAUGAAGGUUUUUCCAGGAACACACGACAAACUUGGAAGUUAUGCAGCAAGACUCAGCGACCACGAGACAAAAGAGGAUGAAGAAGUAAUCAAGGAACGGCCUGUAAUGGCAGGACCUGACAUGGAAGACGGACAUCGUCCUAUAAGACAUUAUUCAAAAAGCUUAACUGAUAGACCAGAGUCAGCGUCUCCCAGUACCACGCAAGUUGAGAGAGACAUGGACAGUCAAGAGAAGCGAGAUCUGGAAGACCUGAUAACAAGUUUAGAGAACGAUAACAGAGCGCUACAGGGUGAGAUCAACAGCAUUCAACACCUGCAACGCCAGAACCAAAAGGGACAUAGCGUCGUACCUUAUGAGGACCCAGCGAGAGAGGCCUUUUUACGACAGCAGAGGGAACGGCUGGAGGCGCGCGAGGAGGUCCUCGAGGAACAUAAUCACCAACUGCAAGUUCAGCUCCACCGUUUAAGGAUCCUUUUGCAACAGGAAGAAAACACACUUUCCGGUCUUAUUAGAGACGAAGAGAAAAUGGCGGCAAAGUUUGCCUGUGAACGCAUGGCUCAGAUAUGUAAAGAUGACGCAAACUUCAAACCAUCUACGGGUGAUGUUUUGCAGCUUUCUCCUCCAAUGAAGUCGGCGCUUCAGUCUUCAUCUAACCCUUUCACCGGUCAGUCUACCGCAGACAGCACUGUCAUGGCCCCCCUGACGAGUUCCCAGCCGAACAGCGGCAUGGGUUCAUCGACAGUAAAUGCUUCCGGUGGUACCUACCCUUCAUCAACUGUACCGCGUGUUUCACCCACUUAUCCUCCCGUUCGUCCUACCACCGUUCCCCAAGCCGCCUACCUAACCCCGGGUCCUUCAAUUCAAGCGUAUCCCCCACAGUACUCAUUGUCGCCUGGUAUAACCCCUCCUUGGAGAGACUCGUACUCACAAUUACCACUCGGUGCUGUCCGGAGGGCCUCGUCUAGUAGUCUAUUUGCCCCCAAGACAGCUGCAGAGUUAGGACUUCUAGACCGACCAGACACUUCGUAUGAAGGAAUGGAGUUAAGCAACAUUGUGGACAGAAUGACUUCAGCUUUUCCUCUGGACGUUCAUUCAGACAUGCCUGUGGAUGUACAUAAUGAUCUAUUUCUCUCUGCAAGUCUUAUCGGCGAAGCCAUGCAGUCCAUGGUGACAACAGUAUCGCGGAAAACUGGUGCAAGGAAAGGUGCCUUAGAAGCCGGAGGAACAUCCAAAAGAGACUACGGAGAAUCCCAUAACUAUGAUCAGGAUAAUUCAGCUUAUGGACAAUGGCCUCCUGAAGAUCCUGAUGCAGGCAACAGAUUCUCGAUUCACAGUACCGAUGGGUAUGAGUACGGUCCCCUUUGACUUCUUAGAAAAUUGAAGUGUCCUUCAGAGGCCGACUUUGGAAGAUGCGCUGAGGCCAGCUGUAUCAACGUGAACUCAAGGCUUGACCACUCACAUCCGCUAACCGGCCAAGGGAAAUCGCUACUUUCACGUCUGAAUGUUAGGGCUGGUUUUCACUUCGACAAAAGCAUGGACAUAAGCCACUAGCGUAGACACAGUGAGGUGUUGUUAAAUAGGACCAUCAAUCCCGUUCCCCUUGACCAGCGGUCGCGAAACAAAAAAACCUUGGUAAGUUAUGUUUGGGAUUUCGAAAAUGUCAGACUUCCGGUUGAAUAGCCCAUGUCCGAGUUACCUUCAACCUCUGUAUCAAAGUGAGGUCUGGUGCACAACCAUUUAUAUGAAAAUGAGUUUAAUUUGCGUGUGACUGAAAUCUCAUUCUCAUAUGACAGGAUGAGUAUCAAGACUCGCUUUGCGCAGGCCUAGUUGACAAACACGUGGCUCAAUCAAGUUGGUGGAGUUUUACUUCCGCUCAUUUCUACUGUUUUUAAAACCAAACAAAAUCGAGCCUGUAACGGAUAUCUCGAGAGUCGUUCGUUUUGUCAAGCUUUCGCAGUGAGCAACGAAGACUCGAGGAGCGGGGUUGUAGCGCCACAAAAGUUUCACAACAAAGGCGCUAAUUAUCAAGACCUUACUGCCUCUGUGUAUGAUUCUUAUGCUUAUGCGCGAGUGAAAGCCUUUAGUGCUUUCGUAACCAUGGUUUCAUCCGCAUGUGAAUCGAGAACGCACUGGAGAUCCUAUUAUGCGAGACUCAUAUCACUCUCUUCUUUGCUCGCUCAGGUUCUGUCCACACUACGCCGGAGAAAUUUGAAAAGGCAGCUUUAUUUAUACGGUUAGGCCUACCGUCCACUUUAAUC